GCAGAGCAAUGGUGGGGGAAACAUGGCCGGGAGGGAGAAAAGAAUUAAAAAAGCACGGGGAGAGCGCACAAGACCGACGCUUGAGCUUCCCCUCUCCAAGGACACUCGAGGCGCGGUCGGGCCGCUCAAGGCCUCGCCGCCUCCCCCAAUCGGCUAGCGAGACAAAGUCAUUAAAGCAGUAUCUUAAUUUAUCGUAAAAACAAAUGAGGUGGUGGCCCGAAAGACGCGGGGCGGGCGUGUUCACAGCGUAUUAAACGUUACGUGCAGACUUGUCUAAAACAGCGUUAGCAUCCGGGAAGCUAAUGCUAACACGGUGCUAAGUUAUCAAGCAUAGCGGCCCAAAGUGCGAUUCUGACGCGGUAUCGCGCCUUGUAAACCGGGCGGAUAAGCAGCGCCCCUCAAUUAAUGUUGUGAUGCGAUGCGGCUAAGUGUUAGCAGUUGAUCCUCGUUAGCUUUUUUUUUUUUUGCUACAUCCCGAGCUAACCGCUCAGCACACAGUUCAACGGUCAAGGUUAGCUACUCAGCUAGCAUAGACUAAACUAGGAGCGCUAAUCUUAGCCGAAAGGAUAUCUUUUGUUGAAUUUUAGUCGAAUGUAUGACAUUUCCAUUUAAGGGAGUUUACGUGGCUAGUAGUAAAAUUGCGUGUGCAGUGUUUUUUCAAGUAAGGGUAGCAAAAGGAAAAGUGGUUAGCACGUUUGUGAGAUUCGGGGUUCGAGUCUCAGCUCCUCCUGUAUCAAGUUAGCGUUUUCUCCUCCCUUGCAUGCAUAUAAAUGAGGAAAUCGUCCGUGGCUGUGAAUGUUUGUCGAAAUGUGCCUUAUGAUUGGCUGGCGACCUCACCAAGCAACUGAAACUCACCCUACCCUAAUGAGGAUAAGGGCUGCGGGAAAUUGACAGAUGGCUGCAUCUUCUUUACACGGCAGCAGGGUGCACCUAGUGGGUCUUGUGCAUCCAAAAUCCUGUGAUUGAGGAUUAUGCCAGUGCCUACAGAGGAGUAAAAGUCCCUGCCCAGCCAGGCGGGCGGGGGUAUCCGAACUUGCAUGGCAUCGGGACAGGGUGGGCGGCUCGAGCCGGCUGGAGUGGCGGGCGGCUCAUCUGGGCUGGCCAAACCUCUCUACCUGCAACGGUUGGAGCGCUCCCUGAGGCUGGAAAGCUUUCUGCGUCAAACGGCCGCCAUCUUUAAUAGAGAUGUUACCAGCGAUGACAGCGAUGAAAGCGACACUGAUCUUGGCUCCGGGCUUUCCAUCAAACCCUUGACGGUGAAGAGGGAGGCCUCUGACCAAGGGGACGUCUUUGUUGAAAGCAAGCCCAUCAAUGGCGUUCUUCUGCAAGACCAAAAGACCGACAAAGCAAACCUGUACAAUUUCUCUAAAAUGAAGAAAAACCGGAAAUGGUUGAAGAGCCUGUUGUUGAGCGACACCACCACAGACUCGGACACUGACUCGGACGACUCAGACUUCAGUUUGUCACGUGACGAGUUGCACGACAUGCUGAAGCUGCACCGCUACACCAGGCAGCACCAGAACAAGUUCCACACGGACUGCGAGCUUCGGCAGUACCAGUUUUACAGCACGGGGCUCCUCUCUCGUCAAGACCUCUUCUAUGAGCAACAGCGCCACCUCCUGGGCCCAAAGAAAAAGAAAAUCAAAGAGGAGAAAAAAUUCAAGGCCAAGCUAAAGAAGGUGAAGAAGAAGAAGAAACGCGGCGAGGGUGACUUUUCCGACGAGGGCCUCCCUUACGUAGCCAAGACCUUCGCCAAGUUCUCCCAAGAUGCGCCGGCGCCGAUGAAGAAGAAACACCUGAGCGUGGAGCAGCUCAACGCGCGGCGACGCAAAGUGUGGCUCACCAUUUCCAAGAAGGAGAUCCCCAAAUCUUUCAAGCAGAAGACCUCAGCUAAGAACCUGGUGUUGACCAAUGCCAAGAAGUUGGCCCACCAAUGCAUGCGGGAGGUGCGACGCGCCGCGAUGCAGGCGCAGAAGAACUGCAAGGAGACGCUGCCUCGCGCCCGCCGCCUCACCAAGGAGAUGAUGCUCUACUGGAAAAAGUACGACAAGGUCGAAAAGGAGCACAGGAAGCGGGCCGAGAAGGAGGCGCUGGAGCAGCGUAAACUGGACGAGGAGAUGAAAGAGGCUAAGCGUCAACAGCGCAAGCUCAACUUCCUCAUCACGCAGACGGAGCUCUACGCACACUUCAUGAGCGGUAAAGCCUCCGCCGGCUCACCGGGGGGCGACGAAGAGGAGAUCCUGAAGAAGCUGGACGACACCAGUGCGCGGCGGCAGAUCGACAUCGGAGGAGGCGUGAUGGUCAAUGUGGGACAGGAGGACUACGACAGUGAAUAUUACAAGUCUUGGGCCCUCAGAAAUGCACAGGAGGCCUACUACGUUCAUCAGCAGAGAACGCGCAUGUUCGACGAGGAUGCCCACGACAGCCGCUGUGCGUCCUCCUCCGCGGCGGCCGCCUCGGGCUUCGGCGAGAGCUACAGUCUGUCGAACCCGUCCAUCCAGGCCGGGGAGGACAUCCCGCAGCCCACCAUCUUCAACGGCAAGCUGAAGGGCUACCAGCUCAAAGGCAUGAACUGGCUCGCCAAUCUCUAUGAACAAGGUAUUAACGGUAUCCUGGCAGAUGAGAUGGGGCUUGGCAAGACGGUCCAGAGUAUUGCCCUGUUGGCCCACCUUGCAGAGAGAGAUAACAUCUGGGGCCCGUUCCUCAUCAUCUCCCCCGCAUCUACGCUCAACAACUGGCAUCAGGAGUUCUCGCGUUUUGUUCCCAAGUUCAAGGUUUUGCCAUAUUGGGGAAACCCUCACGAUCGCAAAGUUAUUCGUAAAUUCUGGAGCCAGAAAACUCUCUACACCCAGAAUGCACCAUUCCACGUUGUGAUCACCAGCUACCAGCUGGUGGUCCAGGACGUCAAGUACUUCCAGAGGGUCAAGUGGCAGUACAUGGUUCUGGAUGAGGCACAGGCACUGAAAAGCAGUACAAGUGUCCGGUGGAAGAUCCUCCUCCAGUUCCAGUGUCGAAACAGGCUGCUCCUCACAGGGACGCCCAUCCAAAACACAAUGGCAGAGCUGUGGGCCCUGCUCCACUUCAUCAUGCCUACGCUAUUCGAUUCCCACGAGGAAUUCAAUGAAUGGUUCUCCAAAGACAUUGAAAGCCACGCCGAGAACAAGUCAGCCAUCGACGAGAACCAACUUUCGCGAUUGCACAUGAUCCUCAAGCCUUUCAUGUUGCGCAGGAUCAAGAAAGAUGUUGAGAACGAGCUCUCAGACAAGAUCGAAAUCCUGACCUACUGCCAGCUGACGUCCCGGCAGAGGUUGCUUUACCAGGCCCUGAGAAACAAGAUCUCCAUCGAGGAUCUGCUGCAGUCCUCCAUGGGCACGGCCCAGCAGUCCCACAGCACUACGUCAUCCCUCAUGAAUCUGGUCAUGCAGUUCAGGAAGGUGUGCAAUCACCCUGAUUUGUUCGAGCGCCAGGAGACACGCUCCCCGUUCCACAUGUGCCUCGCACCCUAUGUCUUGUCCAAGCACCUGUACAGACACGGCCUCCUCCAUGCUCACAACCAGGCCAGACACAAGUCGCUGCGAGUGCUGCUAUCUCCCUUUUCUCCGAAUCACAUCCAACAGUCGCUCUUCCACAGGACAGGCGAUGACCAAGGAAACUGUUUUUCCUUCCUGCGCUUUAUUGACGUGUCGCCGGCUGAAAUGUCCAACCUCAUGCUGCAAGGCACCUUAGUCAGGUGGUUAGCACUUUUUCUGUCCCUGAAGGCGGCGUACCGGCUACAUUGUCAGCGACUGUUUGCCCUCCAGGAAGAAGGCGGAGGAGAUGAGGGGAGUAGAUUGCAGUCCAGAACUCUGUCUCGCAAAGACCUCCUAUUGUGGAUCUCCAGACCCGCUGCCUUCCCCAACACGCAAACCAGCCCUGUGCUACGGAACCUGGUCUUCACGGCCCUCAGGCCAGGCACGGUCGGACACGCCGACGUAAACAUCCACUGUCGACGUUCUGCCACCUCCCGUGUGUGGCAUUGCCAACCCGUGCUCCCGCCCAAGUUCCUGCUGGCAGCCACACCGAGGGUGACAGCGGUUCCCAUGGACCGCUAUUGCGCCGACCGAAGCGCCGAGCACGAGUGGCGGGUGACGCGAGCCGGAGGCGGCGUCGUCUUCAAAGAAUGCUUCCUCUACGGCACGCCUGACCUGGCCUCUGACUGGCGGGGGAGGGCCGGCGCCUUCUACCCGCAGCAGCCCGGCGGCGUGAUGGCCGUCUUCCCUCAGCACGGCUGGUCCUAUAUUCGGAUACCGGAUAAGGAGAGUCUUAUCACGGAAAGUGGCAAGCUUCACAUGCUGGAUAUCCUGCUGAGUCGACUCAAGGCCCAGGGACACAGAGUCCUCAUCUAUUCCCAAAUGACGCGCAUGAUUGACCUGCUCGAGGAGUACAUGGUUUACCGCAAGCACACGUACAUGCGCCUGGACGGAUCCUCGAAGAUCUCCGAACGCAGGGACAUGGUGGCGGACUUCCAGAGUCGGACGGACAUCUUUGUGUUCCUGCUCAGCACCAGAGCCGGCGGGCUCGGCAUUAACCUGACUGCUGCAGACACUGUGAUUUUCUACGACAGUGACUGGAACCCCACCGUGGACCAGCAGGCCAUGGACCGGGCCCAUCGGCUGGGUCAGACCAAGCAGGUGACGGUUUACCGACUCAUCUGCCAGGGGAGCAUCGAGGAGCGUAUCCUGCAGCGCGCCAAAGAGAAGAGCGAGAUCCAAAGGGUCGUGAUCUCCGGAGGUAACUUCAAACCUGACACGCUCAAACCUAAGGAGGUGGUCAGCCUGCUGUUGGACGAUGACGAACUGGAGAAGAAAUUGCGUCUGAGACAGGAGGAGAAGCGACAGCAGGAGGAGAGCAGCAAGGUGAAGGAGCGCAAGAGGAAGCGGGAAAAGUACGCUGAGAAGAAGAAGACAGAGGAGCCUGAGAGCAAGAAGCGGAAGGAGGCCAACCUGGUCAUCAUUCACACCCCCUCGGCCGACAACUCCAACUUGUCGGCAGACGGCGACGACUCGUUUAUCAGCGUUGACAUGGACUCGGCCAUGCCCAGCCCAUUUAGUGAGAUCUCGCUGAGCAGCGAGCUGCAGCCCGGCUCCCUGCCGCCGGACGCCGACGCGGACGAAAGCAGCAACGACAUGCUGGUCAUUGUGGACGAGCCGCUGUCUUCGCCGCCGCAGUCGCGUGCCACAAACUCUCUGGCCUCCCUGUCCGGAUCCGUCUCGGACAACAUGAACGGACUUUCGACCUCAGACACCAUCAGUCCCGGCAGAGGGAGGUCGGCCCGAAGCCGGGGACGCCCCAAAGGGUCCGGCCUCGGGCCCAAGUCCGGAGGCAAAGGGCGAGGGCGCAAGUCGACGGCAGGCAGCGCGGCGGCGAUGGCGGGAGCGAUGGCUGGCGCAGCGGCCGCCUCGGCUGCGGCGUACGCUGCGUACGGCUACAGCGUUUCCAAAGCCGGGCUGACUGUGUCCAACCACCUGCAGCCUUCCGUGGGCCGUUCCGGACCCGGCCCCACCUUUCACCCCGGCAGAGGCUCGUCCCCGCAGGCCAAGGGUGGGGGUGCCUCCGCCACGCCGAACCUGGACCAGCAGAUGGUUCACAGCCAACAUCACCUUGUCAGGAAGAGCAAAGGACCCAAAUGAUGCAUUCGUUGACGUGUGCUCCCACUAUACAUUCAGCACAACUGACCUAGUCUCACUGUGAUCUUUGACACCACCGCCCCCUUCCCCGCCAGCAUCUUUCAGACUUAGUUUUAAUGUGGUCAAAAUUCGAUCUUGAGUACUUGUCUUGACACCUCUCCAGACUUCCAAGGGCUGUCCCAUGCACUGAACCAAGCCUUCCUUGUACAUCAGCAACCCGCAUCCUUCAUCCAUUCGGUUAUUUAACACUUUCCACCAGUUCAGGGUGUAGUCCGCGUUUUCCCCAAUGUUAGCCGGGAUAGCGUCCAGCACUCCCGCGACCCUUGUGAGGAUAAGCGGCUUGGAAAACAGACAUUCACGAGCCACCGACGCAUUUCACUAUCAAUCCACUGUCCACAGCUUUUUUACUCAAGCUCUUAUUUUUCUAAUCGUAAAGACAAGCAUGGCAGGUCACUCAAGCCAGCGGUAUUUAUAUAUAUAUUUUUCUGUCAAAUAAUGUUAUGUAAAAAUGAUCUAAAAUGAGGGUUUACUGGCUCAUACAAGAGAUGCUGCUAAUAGGAAAUGGAUUAUUUCAGUGCAAAGUGUUAGUGGUCGAGUAAGUAAGUUAUUUCAGUUGAGAGUAGACAUUUUGCCAUAACUGUGAAAAGGACAUUUACUUGUAAAAUUUGUAUACAUUGUAUUGAAGACAUUUAUUUGUGGGUGGG